AUGGAAGAUCUAACUAUUCCUGAUCAUCCAAACCCUCUGCCUGUGGAGAUCGCCCUUACACUCCUGGCCAACAAGGGACCCAGCGAGCCAGGGAUUAUAAAGCUGCUGGACUGGCAGGACCAUCGGGACAACUAUGUCAUGGUCCUCGAGUGUCCGUCGCCCUGCGAGAACUUAGUUAGUUUCUUGGAGGGCCACGGAGGCAGGCUCGAUGAAGGUUUAGUUCGGCACAUCAUGCGGCAGGCAACGCAGGCGGCUCGCACGUGUUGUUGCCGUGGCGUAUUCUAUGGCGACAUAAAGUUGGAAAACUUCAUCGUGAGCAAGGACACCCUGCAAGUCAAGUUGAUUGACUUUGGGUGUGGAGACCUCAUGAGAAAGUCCGCCUACACGACAUUGUAUGGCACCAUGGAGUACUACCCUCCUGAGUACAGGGUCAAGGGCAAGUACCAUGCAAAGUCUGCAAUGUCGUGGUCUCUUGGGGUCGUCUUGUUCACGAUGCUGUGCGGCCAUUUUCCAACUGGCGAUGACCUGCACAAGACCGAACUAAACCUUUGGUCAGAGUCUGGACUGUCAAAGGGUGAGCUCUUCAUCACAUACUCCAGGGACAGUGAGGUCCCUGCAAAGUCAACUGGGUCCCAGAGGUUCUAG